UUCAAAACUUCAUACAAAAAGUGGUCUACUGAUUACUAUACUUCCAUCAGUUCAUUGUGAGUACAUUACUACAUCCCUUAUCAAGAAAAACUGACUGCCAUCAAAAUCCCUUAAUAAAGGUCCUAGUGGGCUUGUUACCAGUCUACCUCUUUCGAUCUGCAACUCAGGCCAACAAUGGCGGGAAUACCCACCAUCAAACUCUCUUUAUCUCCUUCAAUUCGUUCAUCAUCCGUUUCAUUUUCACCUAACCCAUCAUCUUUCAAAGUCCUAAGACCCUCUGUUGCUCUUCCUUGCAGAACCAGAUUUUCUAAGAUUUAUGCUUUGAGUAGCAAUGACAUUAAAGUGGGAACUAACCUUGAGGUGGACGGAGCUCCUUGGAAAGUAUUAGAGUUUCUUCAUGUGAAACCAGGGAAAGGAGCUGCUUUCGUUAGGACUAAAAUGCGAAAUUACGUGACAGGAAACACAGUUGAGAAAACCUUUCGAGCUGGAGUUACGAUACCCGAAGCAAAUGUAUCCAAGGAAACAAAGCAAUUCACAUACAAAGAUGGAAAUAUGUAUGUCUUCAUGGAUUUGGCUACAUACGAGGAGUUCCGGCUUAGCGAAGCAGAUGUUGGUGAUAAGACCAGGUGGCUGAAGGAGGGCAUGGACUGCAAUUUGCAAUUUUGGAAUGGAAAGGCUAUUGAUCUUGAAUUGCCCCUCAUUGUGAAGCUCAUUGUCGUCGAUACUGAUCCUGGUGUUAAAGGGGAUACAGCUCAAGAAAUAGAUUCACUAAUUUAGGAGUAGAGCACCUUUGGAAUGGGAAGUAUGGAAGUUGAUCAACUUAAACAAGGCUUUGUCAAUUAUUAUAUAGACCUAUUAUCGGACCAUUGCAGAAUCUUUAACUUGAUCUUGCUUGACUUGUAUGCUCCGCUUAACUGAUCUUUGUGGAGUCUUGUGUUUUGCUGUAUCAGGAUCUAGACACCUUUGUAGAUGACUGACUGGUUAAUGCUUUUAUACAAAUUGCGAUAGCAUUUUAUGUAAUUUGUAUCAGAUGCUCUUUGACAAAAUCUGUAUCUUUGGAUCUUGUUGUGGUACAUAAUUUUUUUUCUCUGAACUGAUGAUUCCGAUUUGAUUUUGCACACAAUGUCAUUGAUGUUGGAGCGGACUAAUGUUUUUUUUGGAACUACAUCUUUCUAUUUGCGAUCCUCUUCCAUUUUAACUAAGGAAUGAAGCAUUUGUACUUGUUCAAGUUUUAGGCUAAAUUCUAUCCCUUAUCUCCUAACUAUUCGAACGACGGUGUAGGUGGAUCCAAACCAGCAACACUCGACACUGGAGCUGUAGUCAACGUUCCAUUGUUCAUAAAUAUUGGGGAUGAGAUUAUGGUUGAUACAAGAACGGGGCAGUAUUCUAGUCGUGCCUAAUCAAUUAUCCGAUCAUCUUUUGUCACUCAUGUAAUUCAAUGCUUUAAGAGUUUUUGUAUUUUAUCCAUAUUAUUGAGAUUCUCUGCUCUGUAUAGAAGAGAUUAGGUUUGUGCUCUUGUUAGGCCGUUACUAAUGAGAUAGGCAAAAAUGUCUCGGGAAUCAGUUGAGGAUUUUGUAGAUUUAUUGGAAAAUCAUUGCAGCAUGUUCUUAUUUCCAGAGCUGGCA